GGACGGUCUGCAGACCACGCCGUGGUGACACUCCGGGUGUCAGGCUGCCGGGGCAGGGCGACCCCCGGCGCAGCGCCUCCCGCUGGGCGUUGGUCGCCAUAACGGGCCGCUUUAUAACUGCCCUGCGCUGUGCGCCGCCCGUCUAGUGAGGAGCGGCUCGGAGCGCAGGCACUGCCGUUGGACUGUUCACCAUCAUCGCUGGCUCACUUUUUGCACUAUUCCGCUGAGUUAUCACUGAUUUUUGGAGCGUGUUUUCAGAAAUCUUCAAUCGGCUUGAAAGAUGCUGCUCCUACUGCUGGGAAUCAUCCUCCUGCACCUCGCCGCACUGGUGCUGCUCUUUAUAUCCACCAUCGUCAGCGCCUGGGUCGUGAACCCCACCGGCAGCUCGGACCUGUGGUUGAACUGCUCCACGCCUAAUGGCGGCACUCACUGCAUCUCCGCCACUGCAGGAGAAUGGAUUCAAGCCGUUCAAGCUCUCAUGAUCCUCGCCAUCAUCUUCAGCUUCCUGUCCAUCUUCCUCUUCUUCUGCCAGCUGUUCACCCUCCAGAAGGGUGGGCGCUUCUUCCUCACCGGAAUCUUCCAGAUCCUGGCCAGCCUGUUCGUCAUGAGCGGGGCCACCAUCUACACUGUGAGGAGCUCGGAUUGGGUCCACAAGAACGACUCAUUUGGAUUCGCGUACAUUCUGGCUUGGGUGGCGUUUCCACUGGCCCUGCUCAGCGGCCUGAUCUACGUGGUGCUGAGGAAGCGGGAAUGAGGCGGGGGGGGGGCGCUCACCCCUAACCCCACCCCCUACUGCUCCCAUAGACGGAUUCCCCACUAUCCACAGGCGUGGGGGUGGGAAGCACAAGACGAAAAAAAAAACCAACGUAAAACAUUACAUACUGCUAUAAUUUGAAGAUGUAUAUAGUAUCUAUGGUUUAAAACCUAUUUAUAACACUUUUUACAAACAUGUACAUAGGACUGUUGUUUUGCUUUGUUGACAAAGGUUCCAUUAUAAGCUUUCUUUAGCCUUAAUUAAGUGCCUAAAAUGUUACGAUGAAUUAACCAGCCUUUGUUUUGUUUGUUUUUUUUUUCUAUUUUCUCUAAACUACCAAAAAAAAAAAAGUAUUUUAACCACAGCAUGUAUAAACUAGAAAUCUAGUUUUAUUGGAACGGCAUAAUAUGCAUUUGCUCGACUAACGUGUGAGAGAGCGCAAGCCGCUUGUUUCCUGUGUAUGUGAUACGGCGGUUUAUUUUACAUUGUUCCUUUCAGAAGAUGGUGCUAUGUUAUUUACCAUUCCCAAAUAUGGAGUGUCCUUAGUGUAAGAGUACAAAUAACACGAUUUACACCAUGAAGGAAAUGACCAUUGACAGGAGCUGACCUCAGUGAAAAGUCGUCCCUAAUCGCUUUUGUACAUAAAGGAUUCUACUAAAGCUUCUUUAAGUUCUUUUUUAAUAAAAGCAUUUAAAAUGUCAACCUGAUGUGUAAGUUAAACUAAGCAUUGAAAUAAGGUUUUAGCUACUUUUAUUUAUUUUUUUUAACUCCAUUUAAAAGAAAAAAAAAUUCUCAGAUCAGCAAAUACAUCAGAUUAAUUGUGAAUUUCUAUGUCAGUAUUAAUCGAAUUGCAAUUUUCAUUGACUAUGCCCUGAUUUUUAAAGUUGAGUGUUUUAUAGACCUGGCUGAGGAGUGUGUAUGCAUGUAUGUAUGUAUGUAUGUAUGAUGGGGGGGUUACAAUUUUGCCUUUAGUAGUUUCCCCUUCCUCUCCUGUAAAGACCACGUUUUCACUUAUUUCCUAUGUUCAGAAGUUGCCCUGGAUGCUACUUGGUUACCGUGUGUAUAUUUACAUUUUAUCUGCCUCUAAUAAGAGCAGGUAGUUUAAAAAACGCCAAUACACUGAAAAAUGCGGGUUUGAUGUUAAAAUUACGCUUAAAGUCUUCAGUAUUCAGAUAAAAGUAGGUUAGCUAAACAAAAUUAUUUUUAAAUUAUUAUUACUGAUGCAGAUAUUGAAUCCUGCAAUAAUUUAAUCACCACUGUCCUUUGCGGACUCUGCCAGUUCACCUAGGGCCUGAGAUAAAAAUGUGCUUCAGAGUUUGUGCCUUGCUGCGAACGGACGUGUUUAACAGCACAAUAAAGUCAGAUCCGGUUAAAUUGGCGGAAAGUUCUGCUGUUUGGAGAGCUUUGUGUAAUUAUGCAAACGGGGUACGUGUUUGCAUUAAUUCCGUGCUAUGAACGUUGCUGCAUAAUGUAAUUUGUGCUCCCUGUAUGCAUUGCGUGCCGAUUUUCAGCCUUAUUUUUCUGCUCGCAUGAGUGUGUUUGAUCUGCGCGGGUUCUGCCGUCGGACGUUCCCGUUCCCGCUUGUCAUUCGCAUAUCAGCGCGUCUCCAAGGUGCAGGCAAGUCGCAGAAAGGAGGCGAGACGCCGACAAGCUGCAGUCCACGGUACCCGGCGCCUCGUUGCCUUGUGCCGGUAUCUGUGAUGUGCUUUCUUGGCCACUGACAGCCAGCAAUAUAGAUAUGGUUCCCCCGAAGAGGUCUGUCAGGCCGCUGAAUGGCAGUUCCAGUUUGCCAAGCCUGGCUGGCCGCCCGGACUGUGCAUAACAUGGAAUGACCUGUAGGAAAAAAAUGCAACAGGAAAGUGCAUCCUGGUUCGGACGUGGGACUGGAGCAAGCCGGUUCCCCAGUCCUGUGGUUAGAACCCACAGUUAACAUGCAAUUCGCGGCUUACUCUUGCAUCAUUAGAGUGGGAUCCUGGGAAUAAUCUGGGUCCAAAAUCCCUGGAGUUUGGACGGGGCAGGGAGCAAAUGCGGCACAGUAACAUUUCUCAGCCCAUUUAAAGGACCAUGUGACCUUAACGAUGCCAAAUCCGUCGUAAUGUCAGAAGGGGAUCAAAUCCCUGAUGAAGACUUUGUACCUCUUCCUCUCCAAAGAUACAAAAACUGGUGGUUUUUGUGAACUAACAAUAAAAAAAAAACUGCUGUUAA